ACACCCCUCUCGGCUCCUCCACCAACGCAAAUAGCACAACUAUUACAACCGCCACCGUCACCACCACCAUCGCCGCCACCGCCGUCUCUAGAUACAGUCAAUCAAUCAAAAGCACUUCCCUCGUUGCCAAGGAAACUGGCCCGGGCCUCUGUAUGCCGUAAGAACGAACAGCCUACAUUUCAUGAAUUUCACCAGCUGUGAACUUUAUCAUAUUCACCUACUUAGUGUAGAUUUACCGAAUAUAAUGCUCUUAUUCUACGAUAUAGAAACUGACCAAGGAAGCAAACAAACUUCGGAUAACUAAACAUCUAAAAGAAACUGCUUAAACAAAAUAUUUUUUAUACCAGACUAACAUUUCUACGCGCACAUAUUUAUAUACCAUACUUAUUAUUUUGUUUCAGUUAACUUCCAUGUCACUUGGAGAUGAAAUUAUGACCUUAUUUCAUUUUACUACUUUCACCUUAUGGAACUAAGACUGUUUUCUGAGAAGGAAUGAUGGCUUAUUCAGGAAAAACCAUAUAAUUUUAUAUACGAUUAAUAUUACAUGUCUGCAUAUCGAUUUUAGUUGAGCAAUAUAUAUAUAUAUUCUUUAAAGCUGUUCGUUUUACGUCUUUGUCAUUUUUAAGCAUCGUGCAUUUAUCUAUUUUGAGACUGCAUAAACUAUAUAUGAUUUGUAAUAUAUACCACUCGCUCUACGAUCCAACAUUUGCCUUAUUAUCGCAAUGAAUUCUAUGUUUUUCGUUAUGAUAUAGUUUCCAAUUUAUUUAAUCUAAUCCAUUUAUCUCAACUGAUAAAACUUUAUUUCCCGCCCAACUGGCAUAUUUUUGCCUAUCUUUUCACUCUGGACAUUUUUCUUUGUAGAUCUCUUUUUAACAUCUUUUCCCUGGAUAGCAAAUUACAUCUAUGGAUAAGUCUGAUAUAUUUGGAUCGCGAGUUAACCAUCCGGAUAACACAUAUAAAUAUAUCUCUUCAUAGAUGGGAUAUUUUUGUUAAAAAUAGGCAUAUUACGAUCAAUAAUAUCUUCAAAUAUCACCACUUUAUAUAGACAUCUGAAACCAGUGGAACAAGAUUAAUUCGGUAUUUAUACCUCGUCUAUUUUUCUAACACGGGAAGGGGAUUUAAAAAAGAAAAUUGAAUUUAAAUAAUAAAUAGCUCACGUCCGAAAGGAGUGUACAUGGAAAUAGUGUAUAAAAUAAACAUCAAAUUUGGUCCGUGUGUCUCAACUUGAAACUAACUGACCAACACCAACCUGCUCGUUUGAUAACGGCCCAGGGGUAAGGAGAAAACACAUGAGGUAAAUACAACUUGUCUCAUCAUGUUGACGUCCGAAGAAGAAUUCUUGAGAACGUGGAGAGUGAAGAAAAAUGAGAAAAUAGGUAAAAAUGUAGUUAGCAUGACAAAGGAACAAUACAACAAAUACCUGCUCAUUUUGAAAGGGGCUUGGGACAAGAAAACCGCUUGGACUGGGGAAGAAUACAAUGUAACUCGCCGUUUUGAUUUGGUCACCAAUGAUCAAGGAACCAAACUAAUUAAGAGAAGAAGACGAAGAGACUCGGAAUCCGUUCGUCCUUACAUCGCCGACGAGGAUUUAUUCCGAGCCCUGAAAGCUGUUCACUUAACACAUUCUCAUGCUGGUAUCAACAGAAUGCAGAACAUCACCCGUCAAUUAUAUGCCAAUGUGACGGCCGAAGCCAUAAAAAUCUAUAUUUCUCUGUGUCCGAGGUGCAGUAGUCGCAGACAUGGAAAUUACAAGAACCAUUGUAGUAAGGCCAGAUUCAACAAGAGUCCAGUGAAGUCAGCAAAUCCGGCGACGGGUCGAUGGAACGACAAGAAUGACCAGUCGCAGUCGGAACUGUUUAUGUUGAGGAUAUUGAAAAGUGAGGACUUGGUGAUGGAAAAUCUUGAAACAGUUGUGAAACAAGAACCCAACCAAACUUCUGUUCCAUUCAGACACCAGGAGGCAAUGGAGGUUCAGUCCGCUGUAGCAGCAGCCACUGGCGCUAUUAUUGGUCAGCCUGAAGUUGAGACUUAUGAACCAGAACCAGUGCACACAAUCCAAAAUUCCAAGAUAAGAAUAAAUCAGGAAAAAGAUUUGUCUGUAAGCUUUUCCGCUUCUUCCCGCCCUGCAACCGUCUUCAAGAAAACCUAUGUCGAUCCAGAACAUGCAGAUGGGAUGAUGAAAUCGUUGGCAAGUUUAUGGAGGAAGCGGCGUUUAUGUGAUGCUAAAAUUUGUAGUGGAAACAAAAAUGUGACUUUACAUCGUUUGGUUUUGUUUGCUGCCAGUCCUCACUUGAUGGAAAAAAAUAUUACCGAUGGUGCUGACUUGGAAGUGAAUCUUCCACCAGGGAUUAGCGAAGACGGACUGAAAAUCUUUGUCAGCUUUCUCUACGACGGUGUCCUUAACCUUAACGAACAUCUGUACAAGGAUGUCGAACGAAUAUCUAAUCUCUUAAAAGUCGAUAAAAUUCAGAAACACUGCCGAGAGUUUGCUGCCAGUCUAAACGAACACAAGCAAAUGACCAGCUCCCCGUCAACGUUGACGCCCCGUCACCGAGAUUCUCUUCCCAAGUCACAGAGCAAUCGUCAAACAGUGGUGUUGACAUUGAGCGACGAUUCCAAUCCUGCUGAUGUAACUUUUGACAACCAAGAACAGAACGUUGGAUUGUCGCAUUCUCACCUGGAAGAUGUUCAUAAUUCGCUGCUCGACGAGAGGCUUCAGUCUCUUAACGAGCAGCAUAAUUAUUUAACUUCUCACCAAAAUCAGUUUCCUUCCACUUCCCAAGCCUCUUCCAUGUCACUACAAGGUAGCAGUUCGGUCAGUGGCAUUCCUUCUGAAUGCGGCAUCAAGACUGAACCAAUUGAGAUCUUAGACGAUGAUGUCACAGACUACAAUCUCUCGCAAGAGGACAUCAAACAAUGCAAACCCAAUAUCAAUCAGAGUGGCAAAGGUUACACGGACGACAGUUCCAACUCGGAACCCCAUAGACGAUCAUCUCAAGGGCACAUUUCAAGUAAGGUUACAAGAACUUAUAUGACACCCAGUAAAUGUGAAUCAGGCAUAGAGUUGACCCCAAUGGAAAGUAUUUCUACUUGUGCCACCACAGGGGCUUCGCCCUAUCCAGUCAGUUUAGUAGCUUCUUCUGGAGAGACGUUCCCACUUUAUACCUUAUCGUCCAACCAAUCCUGACACUGCCUGAAAUUUGUCAAACAAGUUCAGAAAUAUAUUUUUUACUUCUGUCAAUCUAUAGAUUAUGUAAUAUUUCUUGGGAUCUUUGUAAUGUCAACAAAAUGUGAUUUAGCAGUUAAAAGAUGUGGUGUCCGAGUGUGCGUGUGCAUGCGUGCGUGCGUGAAUGGGUGAAAAAAUAGGCGUUGGUGAAAGGAAGGAGAAAGUCUUAACAGUCAGUACCAGCUUAGUAUCUCCAAAGAUGUUUGGUGCUGCCAGUCUACAAAAGUGUUAAAACUUAAUUGUUGCCUUAGAUUUUAAUUAAAGAAAAUAUCCAUUGCCUGGCCAGACCCUGCGUCAGUACACAUGUCUCUGUACAUGUUAUUCACUGUGUAUGAAGACAUCUACAGGCUCGUUUUUUUACGCUGACUGAAUGCAGAAUGGUUUUCCCCCCACCACCCGAUUUUACUAUUUUCAUCUGUUCCGUAGGAUUUGUUCAUAAUACAUCUUUAAAAAUAUAUCAUCUUGAAAGCAAUAUGUAGUCUUUUUGGUGUGUUACUGAAAAAAAACAAAAUAUCUAUUUUAUUUAAUAAGUACAUCAGCAAUACUACAAUAACCAGUGUACUUAACAGCAAUAUUAUAUGUCCGUAUAUAAUGGCUGAUUUUGUUGUUAUAUAUUUUCUUCAAUUUCAAUCCAGUAGUGACUUACAAAGAGAAUUUCUUUUAUUCCCACCAAGUGAUCUUAGAAGUAAACUUUUGUUGUUGGCAGCUCUGAAUAUCUCCACCCAUCCCAGUUUAUGUAUAUUGUCAGGGCUCUGAAAAACUUUCCAUUGCAAACCCAAACACUUCUACAAAUAUAUAUAUAUAUAUAUAUAU